GUAGAAGAAGAAGAGGAAAGUGUGCGCAUGCGCAGAUAGUUGGGCUGUGGCGACGCUGGAGGAGAAACAUUCACAGCACAAUUACUUUGAUUUGUCUUCGUCUCCCGUGGAAGACGAUGGCUGGGACCGCGCUCAAGAGACUCAUGGCCGAGUAUAAACAGCUGACCCUGAACCCACCUGAGGGGAUUGUUGCAGGUCCAGCCAAUGAGGAGAAUUUCUUUGAGUGGGAGGCGCUUAUCAUGGGGCCUCAGGACACCUGCUUUGAAGGAGGCGUGUUUCCAGCCGUCCUCAGUUUCCCCUCAGAUUAUCCACUCAGUCCUCCCAAGAUGAGGUUCACCUGCGACAUGUUUCACCCCAACAUCUAUCCAGAUGGUCGAGUGUGUAUCUCCAUCCUUCACGCUCCAGGUGAUGACCCUAUGGGCUAUGAGAGCAGUGCAGAGAGAUGGAGUCCAGUCCAGAGUGUAGAGAAGAUCCUUCUGUCUGUGGUUAGCAUGUUAGCAGAGCCUAACGAUGAGAGCGGUGCAAACGUUGAUGCGUCUAAAAUGUGGCGCGAGGACCGAGAGCAGUUUUACAAACUCGCCCAGAAAAUCGUUCGCAAGUCGCUGGGUCUGUAGAGAGGAUGAUGAUGUCAUCACUCCUGAGCAGUGACAUCAUCGCCCUGAGACACUGAUGUCAUCAGAGCACCUGUCCUUUCCCGCCUGCAGUAACACACAGCUUCCUCCUCGUCACCGUGGAAACACACAUACACACAAACACACACACACACACACACAGAGUGCUGCUGACAUGGACAGAUCACAUGUGAGUAAUAUGCAAAUCAUGUGUCAUGUGAUCAUCACACUGACACCAGCUGAGCAUCAGUGGAGUCUGGACCCGUCAUGUGACCUCUCGUCGUCAUGUGACCUGUCGUCGUCGUGUGACCCCUCGUCGUCAUGUGACCUGUCGUCGUCAUGUGACCUCUCGUCGUCAUGUGACCUGUCUGCACAGAGAUGGACAGAUUGAAAUGUGUAGAACCAGGAGAGAGACUGUGACAUGACGUCGCCCCCUGGUGUUGUGGUCAGUCAGGUGUUGUAAUCUGAGGUUCAGUCCACAUGCUUUCAAACACAUCGCUGUUGCUAUGGUUACGCCUGUUGUCCACUCUGUUCUCACUGUCUCCCACUUUAUUUUGAAAACUGUGGUUGUGAGAAAUAAAAACAGAAUUUUAUUUUGAAAACUGGGGUUGUGACAAAUACAAACAGUAACUUUUAUUUUGAAAACUGGGGGGUUCUAAUUUAGUGUUUUAUUUUGAAAAUUAGGGCUGAGACAACCAGAAACUCAGACUUUUAUUUUAAAAAACUGGGGUUGUGACAGAUGGGGACUUUUAUUUUGAAAACUGGGGUUGUGACAAACUAGGACUUUUAUUUUGAAAACUGCAGGGUUGUUACAGACGGACUUUUAUUUUUGAAAACUGCGGGGUUACGACAAACUGGGACUUUUAUUUUGAAAAGUGGGCGUUGAUUGUCAUUGAUUUAUUUUCUGAUCUUAUUUUUCCCGUUUUUCGUCUCAAACGUACGAUCUCGAUCAUUUCUCUGCGGGACUUUUUACGCACUUUAUCUCUUUGAUCUCUAAACAACGCUCAUCUGUGGGGAGGGCGGCGCUCGGCCGAGCGGGCGGAGCUUGACUUUAUCAUGUGUCUUAAAGAUGGUGAAGUUGUUUAAUUUAUGUUAUUAAAUAAAUAAAUAAAUA